CUCUCUAUAUAUAUAUAUAUAUGUUUCACUAGCAGAUUUUUUUUUUUAACAAAUUAUGCAAAACAUGACCCUACCUUACCAAUUUAUUUAACAAAUUCAAUGGGCAGUGAUGACUCCAGUGAUAAUGGUUAAAGAUCUAGCAUUACCCUUGAUGGUUAUUUAUUUAACAAACAUGACCCUUCAUUUAUUUUAAAGAUCUAACAUUAUGAAAAUGGUUAUUGACCGCUUAAUAGGUGGUCAUUAAUUUCAUUAUACUUCACAAAAUGUAUACUGUUAUUGUUGAGUCACACUGUUAUUGUUGAGAGAGAGAGUGAUCGAGCUGAGAUUUCUUCGCAAUUGUGAUCCUGAAAAUACAAAAUUUUAGUGUAUGACAAGUUUGUGUAACAACAAUUUGAUGAUUUCAAGGCAAAAAGAGACAAAGAUUGAGCGGAGGAAUAGGGCGGCGGCGGUGGUUCUCGGCGAUUUUGGCCGCAGUCCUCGAAUGCAAUACCAUGCCCUUUCUCUUGCUCAUCGAGAGAUGAUGCUGACUGUAGCAACCAAGAAGCUGAAACAGGGGCCUGCCCUCAAAAGUUUAGAAAACUACUUUAUUUUUCUGAGCAACAAUUACUUCGGCUUGAGUUCACAUCCUACAGUUUCAAAAGCUGCUGUAAAGGCAGCCCUAGUACAUGGAAUGGGCCCAAGGGGUUCUGCUUUAAUCUGUUGGUGUACAAGUUACCAUGGACUGCUUGAGUCAUGCUUGGCAGACUUGAAGAAGAAAGAGGUAUUGACUUUGUUCUGUGUAUUGCAAUCAAUUGUUCAUUGGGAGUUAGGAUCGUUUGUACAUUUUAUAAAUUUAUUUUUACAUUUACUUACUGAAAAGAUUAAUUUAUUCUUCUCCGUUGUGUUAACACUUGCUGGUAUGGAAUAAUGAAACAUUACAAUAGAGGGACUGCAAUGUGUAAACAUGAACAAAUGUGUGAUGGAAACAUGAUCAGUAUGUUGGAUCAAUAGCAGCAUAUUAUGUAUAAACUGCAUCUUCUGAAUUCACAUGUACAAUAUAUUCUUCAAUAUGGUUUGAUGUUU